GGCCCUUUAAGGGCCGGGGGUGUGUGGCGGGCCCGCCCCCUCCCCGCAGCGCCGGCCGCCCGUUAAAGGGGCCGCGCCCUCGGCACCCGCGGAGUGUCAGCCGGGCGGAGGGCGCGAGAUCUGGCCGCGGGCCGGCGGGCGGGGAGGGCGCGGAGGGCGCGGGCGCGCUGCGGCCCCUCCGCACCAUGUACACCAUCACCAAGGGACCCAGCAAGCUGGUCGCGCAGCGGCGCACAGGUCCCACGCAGCAGCAGGUGGAGAGCAGGCUCGGCGAGCUCCUGAAAUGCCGGCAUCUCUCGCCGCCGACCCCGCAGCCCCCACGGGCGCAGCCGCCGGGACCCUGGCCCCUGUCGAGUCCAGGGCCGAGGCUCGUGUUCAAUCGGGUGAAUGGCCGGCGGCCACCUGCCACAUCCCCGUCCCUCAAGGGAACCCAGGAGACCUACACACUGGCUCACGAGGAGAACGUCCGAUUUGUGUCCGAAGCCUGGCAGCAAGUGGAGCAGCAGCUGGGUGGUGGCCCAGCCGGUGAGAGCGGGCCGAGGCCAGUGCAAUAUGUGGAGAGGACCCCCAACCCCCGGCUGCAGAACUUCGUACCCAUCGACCUGGACGAGUGGUGGGCACAGCAGUUCCUGGCCAGGAUCACCAACUGCUCCUAGUCACAGCUUUGGAAGGAACGGUGCCCGUGCAGGGCCUGGCCCUGCCCCACGCUGGACCCUCUGCCAGGAGAGGACCACGGCGCCCUGUCCACCCGCU